AUGACUCUACGCCAAACUUUGAGAGAAUUUGUCAUUCCUUUAGAAACUCAGGAAGAAAACAAUAAUGACAGCAAAGGCAAAAUCACCACUAAAAGUAAGCCUCAGGUUGUCUGCUUCUUUAGUUUUGCCUUCGAUCCACUAGAUAAUCAGCGAAAAUACGGGCAGCUAAAACGCGUCCGGAGCCAGCGGCAUAAAAAGUCCGCAAAGAAAACUCAAACGUGGAAGGACUUUUCCGAAAACAAAAGUACGUUUGUGCCCGCUUUUCUUUAAUUUGCUUGUCUUUUACGAGGUAUCGAGCAAGUGGGUGGUAACCUGCCCUAGCUUCUGUUGUUCUGACAGUAUACGCGUUAGCUCGUCAAACUCCGUAGUGUAGGUCUCAGGCCUUCGCGUUGGAAUUCGUCAAAUACCUUGCCUGGUGAGGGAAAAAUAGUAGGAACUUGUACGUCAUUUCGAUCACGUCGUUUUUGCCAGGCCUAUAAAUAGUCCUCCUCAUGUCAGAAACAAAUAUGACGGAGGCUUCGGAUAGGAACUCUCGAACGGUUAAUCGCCCUGUCGCCGUUGAGAAGUACUGGCCAAAGAUAAAAACGCGACUAAAAACAACAUUUCUGACCUUUUCGUCGUCGUCAGCCAGUCGCAUCCCAAACUCAGGUCGAGAUGACCCGCAAUUUUUGUCCUAAUUCGAUAAACCACUGAGCUUAAGGCUCUUCCAGCCCUGCAGGUAGUUAGUCCCUCACAAGCAACCAAGUCAACUAUCCUUAGGUCACAGUGAUGACUUGCGAGGCCAACUCACGCGGCAGUUACCUCGCUCUCAUUUCUCACACCGCCAUACUCCACAGACAAGACAAAGUCAACUCGACCGAAGAUGGAAGUAGACGUACGGAUUGAGAAGGUUGAAUCCAUAUCAGAGCAUGCCACUCACGUGUUAAUCACUGCAUUUAGUUGCACUAGUCCUCGCGAAGAGGAUGCAAGCCUGUCAUUUAAAAACAUUUGUGUAUAGAGACCACGUGAAGGUGCCACUGCGUCCUGGCCCUCCACCUCCUGAUGAUGCCGGGUUGUCUCCCCAGUUAGCGACGUUCCAAGAGAGUGUGCUGCUGCAGUCUGAAGACCACAGGUAUGUGUAGAAACGACAGAGACGCCGGACGCAUGACAACGGCAUUCUGAGCCUGUGAUUACUUGUCUGGUUAGAAUAGUUUUGAAGAAGAUGCUUCUACUGGAAACUGUUUCCCUUUCCAUUGGGAUUCGAACAUGUCUCACCGCUGCAGUAGUGCUAAUUCAAAGGUAAGUAGCGCUGUUUUGUUAGCCAAACAGAACCAAGAGUAUAGGCUGGCGAUAAAACACGAAACCUUUGUGUGUAGAAAUGUUUGUGGCAAUGUCCCGCGUCCAUUCUAUAACCCUUCCCUCUUGACAGAAAGAACUAUCUAGCGUUGCUCUGCUAUCCAGCGCGCAGUUUAUGUUCUCCUAGAAAGCAAAUAGAAAAAGCAUUAUUGGACGAUCUUUACGGACAGUACAGUGAGGGCAAAACCGCAAGCUGGAGACAUUGACGUCUAGAUGACUACUGGACACCAAAAAUUCAAGUGUCACGAAAAGGUUGAUGGUCCUCCUAUUAAGCUGAUUUACCGGCAAUGAUGGUAUCGUUUCAUGAGAUGUCGGGGAACAUGAAGAUUUUAUCGUUACCCGUAGUCCCAGUUAUCGAAUCAGUGGAACUUUGAGAUAUAUAUCUAGAUGCAACUGGGUCUUCAGUCCUUCAUCACAUCUACAAGUUCAAGUAACCAGGUGAACUCUCACUGUUUUUGGUGCUCUGGCUACCUCGGUGUAGCCGACAAGAAAGCAGACCUGGCGAGCGCCACUUAUCGGGUUGUGGAAAUUGUGCGAAGCACUAAAGUGAGAUGUUGAGAAACUGUUCUCAGUGGAUGGUAAAGUCCUUCCGAACUGUAUACAGUGGUCACUGUCUGUAUCUCUACGAUUUGCAACAGAACACGCCGCAUUGACUAUGACACCAGCAUUAGAUUCGGCAUUAAGGCAAAUACUACUGAACACUUGUUCGUGGAAUGCCCUCGCCCCCCGCAUCCUUUUCCCCGAUUGGAAAAUGCCUAUGGUCAUUCAAAACUCCCAGAAUGGCUCACCAUUUGGGAGUAUUGACAGGUCCUGAGCCACAUUGCCCAACCGCCUAGUGUUUUGUACAAAUCACCAUCUGCGUGUACGAGAAACUGCACCAUCAACCGCCAGACAAUCUCUAGUUGGCGAAACCGGCCCGUCACUCUCUCGGCCACUCUGCCCAACAACAAACUGACCACACAGACUCACUAAUGUCUACUUACCCCCUCCCUCCUGCCCCGAGUGGCGGGUAUUUCACCAUAACCUGCCUAUUGGCUUGGUCAGACACCUCGCAUAUUCUGAUUGUUUUGUGGCUUGGUUACCUGGCAUCUCUUCGCACCAAAAACCCUAAAAUUCUGACCCGGGCAAAACGAAUAGACUACCGGAAGCUGUGAAAAGAAUGAGUACCGUAAGAACGAUCGGUGAGCGCCCCCUACCGUUGUAUAUUCCCAAUCGAGACCGACAGGGCAGCGGGCUCGUGGCCCAGUGGUUAGAGGCGUGGACUUCCAAGUAACAGGUCGCGAGUUCGAGCCUCGGGUGUUCCACUCUUCGGGGUUGGGUAUGACUGGCUGACGACGGCCAACAAGCCAGAAAUGGCCAUUCCAGACUUCCUUGUCUUUGUCGGUAAUACCAUUCUGCUUAUAUAUCAUGCGCCGCUGUGCGGCUGCUGGUUGGGCUCGAGAGAGAGCCCGUAAGGCACAAUGGAACGAGUGAGUUCCGUAUGAACGAUCGGUGAGCGCCCCCUACCAUUGUCAUGGAUUUGUAUGCGGCAGAAUUCACUUCCAAAAGGUUUACUUAAUCACCUGUCAAUGUCGGUUUGCAUCGAUGCUCUUGUGCUUUGGCCGUAUAUGAACCCUCGGGCAAUGUAAACUUUAGCAUUUCCAACGCCAUCCUCAAACCAUGCAUAUUUUGGCCUUCGGUUUUUUUGACCCCCGUCACAGACCUGAUAUACCAUAAUAACUAUUAAUUGUCUUCCGUAGGCACCAAAAAGAAAGCUAAGGCUCUUCGUGUCGGCGCAGCAGUGGAGAUCGAGCCCGGGGAAGGACUCAUUAACUUGGGAAAGUCGAUCCUCCGUUCACGACGGCAACUCAUGCGGCGAGCACCAGCUCGCAGACCUCCGGCCGAACCUCAAAGUAUCUUCUCCGAAAAGGACUUCAAGGAGUUCUCAGAAGAUCCUCAGAAAUUCUUCUGUUCUUAA